AUGGCGUCGAUUGUGGCGCACUCAGAUGAUGUUCCGAUUCCGAAGGCACCUACCGUGGGCCCCUGGGACGCAUGCGAGACAUUCGACAUCCGCAUGGACGGAAUUGAAGGCGCCGCCAGGAUGGACUACAUCAUGAAGACAUGGGUGAAGAACAAAGACUGCACGCUCAAGUUGUGGGAUUCAGAAGGCAAUCUACGCGUCAGGCGGCACGAGUGCAACAUGAGGGCCCGAAAGUCUGUGACUGUGAGGUACAUGCGUAACUUUCUGAAGAAAGGCCUGUUCACACUGUUCCGUGGGAAGAUGUGGCACAUCGCAGAGUCUCCUACGGGCGGAUCAUCUCUGAUGGUUGGGGACGGUACGCUCGUGGACGCCAUCAUCCUGGCAAAGCAAGUGGCUCCUACCAACGUGCACGUGAAGUGGGUCAUGGAGAACGGGAUACCCGACACUGUCGAAUUCAUGUAUGGGGUUCCAAUGGACGGUUUGAAAUGGGUCAGGGUGCAGGCGAAUCAAUACCACGACGGCUCUGAUACGACAGUCAUUGAAUUGUACGACGAAGCCGCGUUGCAGUACGAGAAGUACGUGUUCAAGCACCAUUCGGAUUACUUCUUCACUUUCAAGUGGUCGCAGUUCGGGCGCUGCUCUACGUUCCAGUCUGAGAUGGAGCGGCUUGGGAUCUACGACGACCACAAGAAGCCGCUGGAAACUUCCAUGAACUUCGUUGACAUGCGCGUGAACAACAUCGGCAUCAUCGAGACGAAUUACGACAUGAUUACCAUGCUGACUUCGGACUUUGAGGCGGCCUGUCCUUCGGCGGAGCUUUUUGCGAAGUUGGUUCGCGAGGCAGUGAAAUUCAACGUCCCUCUGUUGUUGGACCCUGAGAAUCUGAGCGCGGAUGACGCCAACGUUGACCUCUCGGUUCCGCGGGUAUUCAUCGACAGAAACAUGGUGAACAAACUCAAUUGGAUGAAAGCGCCCAUGGGCGGCAGCAUUGUCCACGACUCGGCCGCAAAGAAGAAGGCGACGACGAAGAAAAGGAAAGCAACGGACCAGGACUCCAGUCGUGCGUGUCUUGUGCCAGUGCCCGAGGAUUCAGCAGUGGAAGCGCCAGUUCCGACUGACCUCGAGGUCGGCCGCGGCCGCGGUCGCGGCCGCAAGGGGCGCGGAGGAGACGCCAGUGACAGUGAUGAGUCGUCGUCUUCGCUCUCCAUCUCUGUGUCGAUGCAGACGGCAAAUGGCGAGACAAGCAUCAUUACCAGAGACAAAUACUUCAUCGACGACCUUCUGGCUAUUUGUUGGGGGCCCAUCAAAAAUCUGAGGGCCGACCGCGUACUCUGGGGCGAGAUAAGUCGCAAUUUGCACUUGGCAUUGCGGUUCUUGUGGGCCGGUUCGGCUACGUGGGAAGACGCCGAGUUCACGGCGUGGAGCAAGCUCCCGGUUCAGCUGCGUAAGAACAUCAUCAAGGCACACACUCACCUCUACAAGACAAGCCCCGCGAUGAAGAAGCUCGCGGAGAAGGAGGACUCGGAUAAGAAGGCAGAGGUUGCCCUCGCGCCAAGCGCGGGCCCCAAGACGCCCGAGGCUGCUAGCUCUGCGCUGCUCCUUUCGGAUCGCGACCUGGUCAUGGGCCUGAUGUCGUUCCUCCAGAACAAUGAUUUGACCACGCCGACCCGUUGCCAUUCAGGUUUCCAGGAUCUCAUUCGCGAUGCAUUCGAAAAGGACUCUUCAACUAUCCCGACAUUGUCAUCGUGCGUGGCUGAACUGCAGCAGAUGAUAUCUAAGUGCGCGCCGAACUCCUACAUCGAAUUCGCGGUGCUGUCGCAGCUCGUGAGCGUGCAGGAGGCCAGCUCCAUAGAAGAUGCAUCCAUGGGCAUCUUCAAUGAUAUCAACACAGUGGGCAAACUACAACACAUCCGUGCCGAGUACAUGAUGGAGGCCGUCACCGCAGUCAAGAGUCGCUGGCAGGCUAUGAGGGAUGUUCCAGUUGCAGCGUUGGAGCCCCGCCUACAGAAAAUCGGUGAGUGCGACAUGACGAUGGACAUCGGUACGACUUGGCCAGUGUUCUGGGGGAAGAUUCUUGACCCUGCCAUGGCGAAUGCCGAGAACAUGGUGAACGACAUCGAGGGCGCGAAGGCCGCGAAGGGCGAGGGGGCGGCUGAGGAGGACAUCGAUCCUGAGAUGAAGCUGAGCGAGUUUCGGACCAUGUUCAGGGAGAUAUCCGCAGCACCAGCAGCAGUGGAGGCCUUCAUGAAAUGCUUGGAGGGGCAUCUGUGGCACGCGCUUGCAGGGUCCUGCACUAAGGACGGGGUGGCAGUGGAGCAAGGCUUAUCGUUCAUCGUUAGCAGGCGCCACGAUGAUCCCAUUCGCUUGAUGGCCAAGAAAGCCGACCCAUGCAUCGCUUUACCUUUCAUAGGUCGCGUGACGAGGGUGCCGACUAAAGGCGCCCUCCCUCUGUGUCAGGUGUGGGGCCAAUAUUUCUACAUCGACGGCAGCGGGUUCAACCGCUUUGACAAUGAAGCGUUCACUCCUGCUUGGAUGAUUCGCGUUGAUGCUGGCAAGAACGCCGUCACCACCAUGGAUGUGAGGGUAUUCGAGACAACCUUCACCUUCAGGCACGCGCGAGUGGCCAGGGAAAUUGUGGAGACAGUGCCCAUCAAUCUCAAUUACCUCACCAUGAAGGAGUCCCUGUUCAACAAAGAGAACGCGGAGCUCAGCCGCCCGCCGAUUGAGGGCCACGUCACCGCUGGGAAGGUCUCUGAGAUGAACAAGGCCACGGGGGAGGUCAAAUGCCAGAAGAGCCUGAGCAAGCACAAGAUGACUCUGGCAAGCCCAAUCUGGAAGGCGCGCAGGCACGUGUUCAAGU